GGCGCUUCACUUUCAUUAAUUGAGACUUUUCAACUCCCCGCCUGCGCAAAUUAGCAGAAUAUCCUCUCUCCCGCUAAUAUGUUCCCCCAAAAUGGCGUCGUGUCCUGCCACCCCUUAAUUACUACCUAAGCAUUAAGCAAACAUCCCAGAAAUUAUCCUAUACCUAGGCGCAUGUUUAAAUUAAUUGUCCAGUACUAAAUUAAUCCUAGUUAAUAAUAAUAAAAUGGUUUGCCAAGCUAGAACAAGGAAAAGGGUAUUUGGUAUCCAAAUACAUCGUGGUCCUGAUGGCAGUGCUUUUCAAAAAUGUGAAACUUGUGGCAUUUCAGUGGCAAUAGCGUUGGCUGACAUGCAUGAAUGUGAACCAAGAAAGGAUGUACAGAAAUUUAAAUGCUUACCCAAAAACAUAAGUGUUGUUAAAAAGCAAAGGCUCAGUGACCAACCCAGAUCAGCUUUUCGAAUUUUCAUGGAGGAUUUUGUGAAGAAAAACAUCGAUGGAAAUGAGUUUGAAGUGGAUAAGAAAGGUUUUGAGACGUGGAUAAACAUGACACUUGAGGAGAGAUUUUUGUACUUCAUGAAAGCCGAAACAAUUAAUCUUGCACAUUUGAAACUUUUGCGCAAAGAGGAGAAUGAUAUGCCAUGGAGGGUGGAUGACGAGGCGGAUUCAGCUGAUGUUGGCAAGUAUGAUGAGAAUUAUGAAGACUAUAAUUGUUAUGAUUCUGAAUCUUCUGGGGAUUUGUUUGAUUCUGGCCCAUGGCAGACAAGAGCUUUGACACCUGUGAGAGGGAAGGUUUGUUAGGAUGGAGGGCUGGUAUAAAAUCUUGGGGAUUGAACAUCAUUUUGAGGGGUUUCCAUGCUGGCAUCUGUUUUUUGUUCGUACCUUAUUGAAGGCAAGUCAGAUUGGUUGGCUACUAUGAGUAGUAUUGGUUACUAUAGGAAUUAGGAUAUUGAACAUCCAGAUACAUGUUCUUAGACAAUCACCAGUAGAUGAUCUUCGGUGAAACAUAUCUUGAGAUCAGCCAGGAGCCUUGUAUAGUAAUAAUGUUUUCUUCUGUUAAGGUUCUUGUUUGAUUUGUAGGUUUCCUCCUUGUGGAAUACGGCCUCAGUGUACAGUCUAUUAUGAAAUGGAAAAGGGUCAAAUUUGCCCCUUUACUUAUGGGAAUAGGUGUUUUAACCUAU